AUGAAUAAAUUAAUAUUGGAUGCCAAUGCAUUUAUUAAAGAAAUCAAUUUUCAACACCUUUCAGAACACUACUCAUUCGUAACUCAUGAGGCCAUUCUCACUGAAGUCAGAGAUGAAAGAGCCAGAUAAAAAUUAUAAAAUUUCACCUACCCCCUCACCUUCUUGACUCCAUCCGAGAAAAUGAUUAAAAUCGUUAAGCAAUUCGCCACAUAAACAUCAGACAUAGCUUCAUUGUCCCCUAUUGAUAUUGAACUCAUAGCUUUGGCUUGUACCUUGAUAGAGGAAAAUGGUCAGAAGGACAAGUUAAAGUUGGAACCACUAAAACCAUUAGAGUUUAAUAAAAUUAAGAAUGUAUAUGGAUCCAAAAAUCAUUAACAAGUAGAAGAGGAAGAAGAGGAGGAAGAAGUAUAAAAGGAAGAAAAUGAAUAAGUUUAAAAUAAACAAUAAGAUGAAUAAUAAACUUAAUAAAAAUCAGAAGAACCAGAAAAAUAAGAAACUUAAAAGAAUGAAGAUAAUAACGAUGAUGAUGAAUCUGAUGGAUGGGAAGAAGUUGUCCCAAAGAAAAAAUAUUAUAAUAAUUACUCUAAAUAAAAUAACUCAUAAAAACCUAAAUAAGAAGAAAAAUAAGUUGAAGAUUAAGCCGAGGAAUCAUCUGAAGAUGAAAAUGAAGAAGAAUGGAUUAAUAAUACAAACAUUCAUGAAAAAUUAAAUGAAAUUCAAAUCAAUCCAUAAAACAAUCAAAUGAAUCAAUUUGGGGUUGCUCUUUUGACAACUGACUUUGCUAUGCAAAAUGUUCUAUUGUAAAUGGGCGUUCCUGUCUUAUCGACUGAAGGCUAUAUGAUUAAAAGUGCAAGAAGAUUCAUCUUAGAAUGUCAUAUAUGUAAAACCUUAGUCAGAGAUCCAACAAGACUCUUCUGCACCAAUUGCGGAAACAAUUCAUUACUAAAAGUCUCAUGCUCUUUGGAAUCUGAUGGAACAAUUAUCUUGUAUAGAAAGAAGAAUUUCAAAGUAAAUCUCAGAGGAACUUAAUAUUCCAUUCCUUCGAAUUUAACCAAAAAGGAUGCCCCAUUUAUCUUCUGUUAAGAUCAAUUAAUGAAAAGCGGAAUUUAGUAAUAGUUAGCAAGACAAAGAAAACAAGAGGAACUUAGAUACAAAAAGGUUAUGAAAACAUAUGAAAACGGAAUUGGUUUUGAAGAUAUUGAUUAUAGACAUCCUUAAUAAAAAAUAACAGUUGGUUAUGGCAAACUGAAUCCAAAUGAUGUAAACGAUAUGAGAAAAAUAAAGAGAAAUAAAAAGCAUUGA